AAAAAAAGAAAAAAAAAGAAAAAAAAAAAAAAGAAGAAGAAGGAGAAGAAGAAAAAGAGGAAGAGGAAGAGGAAGAGGAAAAGAUGAAAAUGAAUAUAUAUAUACAUAUAUAUUUAUGAAAGAGUGUUACAAGUGAAUGGAUUGAGGAUUUAUUCGGAAAGAAAAGAAAUUCGAAUCUUGGUUGAAAGAUUUGUGUAAAUAGAUAACAAAGAAACAAAGCAGAACUAAAGAGUAUCUGUAAACGAAGAUAUCGAAGAAACAUAUAACGAGAAAUCUAAAAUUUGAACAACGUAGCUAACAGUAAAAGAAGCAAUCUGCACAUCAUCCUGAAUCAAUAAGACGACAAGUGACGGAAAUCGUUCGCCCCUACAAAGGAUUCUUAUAAACCUUGUCACGAGGUGACCUCAAAUAAAGCCGUGUAAAGUCGUCUGUUUUUUUUUUUUUUUACUUUUGCAUAAAAAGGAUUCACUGAUAUACGAUUGAUCAUAAGUAAAUAUUUAUCAUAACAUAAGAACGAUCGUAUACACAUCAUGUUUUGGAGAACGUCUAAUGUUGCAACUAACUCAAAGUGUAUUCAAAUAUCAGCUACGAUUAGUGCUUUACCACGUGUACGAAGAUCAGCGAGUUCUGUUGUUACUUGGACGAAUGUAACAAACACGUACGUUCACAGAAACGUCAGUUACGAGACAUCGAUUGAAUUUGAAGAAGAAUCCUUCGAAGCUUGUAGUUCGGUGUACUUUCUGCUUGAAUUAUUCCACAUGUACUACAUUCCGGCCAUAAUCCUUUUGGGACUGGUUGGAAAUCUUUUAUCAUGCGUUGUCUUUCUGAAUACCCAUCUAAAAAUGCGAAGUUCGAGUUAUUAUUUAGCAGCACUGGCUACAGCUGAUUUUGGAUUUUUGGUCUCCCUUCUUCUGGUUUGGCUCAAUAACACCGUUGGCUGGAUGGUAUUCAACAAAGACGGCUGGUGCGAGACUUUGGUCUACAUCAGUGCUGUUUGUAGCUCUCUUAGCGUUUGGCUGAUCGUCGCCUUUACUGUAGAAAGAUUCAUAGCCGUGCAAUACCCAUUGCAUCGGCCUCACAUGUGCACAAUAGCACGGGCAAAGGCUAUCGUCUUGAUACUAGUUAUACUUGCCUUAGCAAGUCAUUCUUACGCUUUUGUUACGGCCGGCGUCGUCAAAAUUCACGAUGGCUAUGAAUUAUGCGAUCUCAAGAUAGAAUAUCUUGAGACUAUGAGGAUCAUCAGUAUCAUCGAUAGCAUAGCCAGUUUGAUAGCACCGCUUGUACUUAUCAUCAUUAUGAAUACAAUGAUAAUGAGAAAUCUUCUUAGAUUUACUAGAAGAUUCAAACAAGCACCGAGUGUAUCCACCACCUGUCAAAGCAGAGAAAGAUCCGAAAUUAAUCUAAACCAAAUUCCGAGUGCCAGUAGCAGUCACAAUGGUGCCGGCGGUAUCAAUAUGGGUGCGAUCAUUGGGGAACGUAGGCCACCCUCUCAGCAAUCUUUUCACUCUUCGAAAACCAACCAUUCUCAAAAUUCAAGGCAUCAGCCUACAUCGAUCGCAGUACCACCGUCUACACCAAGAAAUGCUUGCCAACUACCCGAAAUAGCGGCUCGAUGUAUACACGUACGAUCAUCCUCGCGAAAUCUCGUAUCAACUAGAAAUCAACAAAGUAUUACAAAAAUGCUCUUAUUGAUCAGUACUGUUUUUAUCAUUCUCAAUUCUCCGAGCUACGUGAUACGCUUAUGCGUCUUCUUCUUCACUCUUGCACGAAGAGAUACACCCGCUCUACUUUGGUGUCUUCAACAGUUUUUCAUGCUUCUUUACUACACUAACUUCAGUAUCAAUUUUCUCCUAUACGCCAUGUGCGGUAUCACGUUUCGACGCUGUUUGGAACAACUGUUGCGUAAAGUUUUAAAAAGCAUGACCAGGUAUCACUGUAAUCCUCAGAGAUAUAUAUAGAUAUUCCAUCAUCAUCGAUCCAGAAGGAGCCGGACAGAAACGAUCAUUAUGAUGAACGUUAGAGAACCGGCUAAUUCAUAAAUGAUAGUUGAAAUGCGAUCAUCGACGUCCUCAUCAGGGUAACGUCUAUAAAUUUGCUCAAUUUAUCAAAGACUGAAAAAGGAGAAUAAAAUGUUUGACCAUAAUUCACUAUCAAUAUCAAAACCUCUCGAUGGUUCCUCGAGAUUAUUGACGCUCCACAAAUGGAUAGCCAUGACAACUGCAAAAAUAAUAGACAUUAAUGAAAUUAUUUCUAUCGUAACUUUCGAUAUACAUCGUCUAUUCACGGUUUAAAUUAAUGUCGAUGGGACACAUCUGGUACUUGAAUUGCAAUGUCAUCGAUAUGGGAUAUCAGGGGUGUUGUCGAGUGGUAACAGGGUAGUGAUAUGCACAACAUUAUUACUAUCUCUGUGUACAUGCUGAUCGAUAGUUACUUAAAGAUAAAGCUACUCGUCUGUUGCAACGGCUUAUGAUAAACAAGAUUAUUUGAGUAUACUUUAUAAGAUUAUGUAGAAUAUACAUGAAAUAUAGACGGCGAGAAUAUUAAUAAUCAUGAUAACGUUGAAUCUCAUAGAAUUCUUUUUUGAAUUUUAUUUUAACUUUAAUAUCCCUCGAUAAUGUAUCCCUCGAUCGUCAAAUUUAAUACAAUAUUUUAUAUUGAAACAUUAUUUAUUAUUUUACAUUAUACUAUAACUCUGUAUCAAUAUAUUAUACGUAUAAUUAUAUUCAAAUCGAGAAAAAUAUUCUCUUCGAGUGUAUCAUUAUCAAGAUAUCAUAUCCAAAGCUUAUUAUUAAAAGAUCUAGUAACAGGAAAUAAAGAAAGUUUAACAUCAUCCUUUUCGAAGGUAACAUAAACCAUUACUGCCUACUUUUACGUAGAUACGACGAUAAAGGUAUGAAAUUUAUGGGCGACAUCUGAAAGCCCGGAAUUUUGUGUUGCACUUAAAACAGAAGGGAUAUAUAUCGUUUCAUGGCCCGUAUGAAAUUUUAUUAAACCUCUUCGAAAUUUAUCAUUGCAAAUAUCCCAUGAGGAUUUAAAUUACUCUGUUAUGGUUUAUUCAUGACAUAUUGAAAUGGGAAUUUUCUUAAAAAAUAAAAAAUAAAAAAAAGUAUAAAUAAAAAAGUGACAAAUUUACUUUUUUCACUUUUUUCAUCGCUUUUGCACAGAAUUUGUUUAUACUAGAUAUAUUAUACUCACGUGAAGGUUGGCUAAAUAUUGGUGGUCUGUACUGGUGUUAAUUAAUUUCACAAAAUUAUAGUUAUAAAGUUAACAAUUAAAUCAUGAAUAUAUAAAAAAAAAAGAACCUAAUUUAUAAUAUUCACGUCUGAAUUUUCACUAAAUAAUUAUUAUCUCACAGUUUUACUUUUCUUCAAAAAUUUUUAAUAUUGGGCAUUUAAUAAAUGCAUACCAAUAUUUGUACAAGCAUGAAUCCUUUUAUUAGCAUAUAAUCUGCAAAAAUAUUGUAUAUUUAACAUUAUUAUAAAAGAACGUUAAUAUUAAAAGACAUAAUAAUUGAUAUUGUGAGAAAUAAUGGAAGUGAAAUAAUCACGUACCUGUUCUGACAUCCUUAAAUCAGAAGAAAAAAAAAAAAAUACACGUAUCGUAUUUAUCAAUAAUUAUAAACAACAAACGGAGAACAAGUUUUUAACUUAUUAAAUGUUUCUAUGUGAUGUAACACUUAGGAUUCCUCGCAAAUACUGUGUAAAUAGGUUUACUUUAAAUAAAAUAAAUCUAUCUAAUCCAUUCCUGUAAAUGUGUACAUACAGAAAACGAUAUAUGUAUGUAUAAAUAAAUAAAAUGGAAUCGAUUUACAGAUUUACGUACAAUUGAGAGAAUUUUUAAAUAUUCAUAGGAUGCACAUAAUAUUAUUAUAUAAUUAUUUAUUAUAUUAACAGUUAAUAUUAACAAUUAAUUUAUUAAGUUAAGAUAUUGAAUAUACGUCGAGUAUAUAAUUUAAUAUUUUGUUAUUGUUGUAAAAAUAAUAUAUCUACUUUUUAAUAUUUGAAACACUAAGUUAAAUUAACAUAUAAGCAUAAAGCUAUGUUAAACACAUGUAAAUCGAUUUCAAUGAAAGUAUAAACUACAUUUUAAGUGUCUGAAAGUGUAAUAGCAGAAGAAGCUUCUUAUUGAUAAAAGUGCCCAAUUAGAAGUAUCAUUUUACUGUCGUAUAUAUUUACAUAGUAUAUACAUGUGUAUGCAAUAUAAUUCUAGUAAACAAAUUUACUUAAGUUCUUAUAAUAAAAUUAUUAUAUACAUUUGUAAACAACAAAUUAGAAAUAUUUAUCGGAUAUAAGUUGUAUGAUAUAGUACAACACUACUUCUCUUAUUUAUUAAUUUCCUUAUGUAAUUUUCUUCAAUUAUUUCUUAAGUUACCGUAUAAUGUAAACACGAAAACACACAUACGUAUACAAAUAUAAAUUAUAUACCGCGAUUAACUUUGAAAAUGU